UGCUUUGAGCCGCCGCCCAGGCAGUCGCGUCAACGUAUCGGAUGAAUAUUAAAUCCCCUCCCCUAAUUACGUCACGGGAUGCGAACUUUCCUCUCGGCAUAGCGCGCGAAUAUGAACUGAUUCCGAUAAAAGAUUUAAAUAUUUUGUUCAAUAAAAAAAGAAGAUAAAUCAAUUGAACUUUAUAAGCUGCAGUGUAUCGUGUGGACUGUUUAGACGAAAAUAUGUUGUGGGAGUCCAAUUUUCUCGAGGAAUCUGAUACGAUGCCACAAACAGUACCCCGGUCUGGGUGUAGCCCACCGUCGGCGUCACAAGGCGAGAGAGCCGUACCCGGAUCGCCUGCAGACCUUCAGCAUUUGUUGCGCUUCCUCGGCGCUGCAUCUCCCCCAGAACCCAUGCUCCAUUCUCCUCACACACACGUUAAGCCGCCACCACCUCCCUAUCCAGAAGAUACUAACAUCCUAGAACGUCUUUACGACUUUGAAGGAUACCCCUCUCCCUCCCCCUCAUCGGACGAAGGAUCAAUACCAACAGUAGCUUUACAACCAUCUUCACCAUACAAUACUCAACAAUAUUCUUCCGUAUAUAUCAAAGAGGAACCCAACAGGCUGGCAGUCCCCGGCUUUGCAUCUCCCUAUCCUUUAUCUCCUUCAGAAUCUUGCGCGUCAUAUGGCAGCCAUAAUCAAUAUUCCUCUCCAGCACCACAACACGAAGAAUACAUUGAUAUUGAAGAAUUAUUAAAAGAGAAUCAAAUUUUACAAGAAAGUGUACAACACAAUUAUAUUACUCCAAAAAUAGAAGUAGAAGAACCGCGGGACCACAUACUACUCAGAUCAGCUCUUGAAGAUACAACAUUCCAAAAACGAUUGAAUCUAAAACCUAUACCUUUGGAGUUAGGGGCUAUCAAAAUGGAAGAAAGCAGUGGAGGUGACGAAGCUCUCGUUGCACCGGACAUCGACCGCGUGCUCUCUAUGGCCAUCGAACAAUCCAAGAGAGAUGUGGACAACACAUGUACCGUACUAGGAAUUUCACCAGAUCCUAUGCUAUGGAGCACAAGUGACGUUAACUCGUGGGUCAUAUUUACACUACAACAUUUUAACCUUCCCAUGGUACCAGCGGAAUACUUUGCUAUGGAUGGUGCGGCACUUAUGGCGUUGACUGAAGAAGAUUUUAAUCAUAGAGCACCUCAGGCUGGUAGCACACUGUACGCCCAAUUAGAAAUCUGGAAAGCAGCAAGGCAUGAAGCGUGGAGGACGUCACAUUGGUCUGAGCAACAGCAGACUUCGCCGAACCCCACUACCGCCGGCCUGCCUUCAGCCGAUGAUAUGAGCGACGAUGAUGAUUCGGAGUCGGCUGGCACAAGUGCUGCCCCAGGCGGUGGCAAGGCUAAGUCUGGUAGCACACACAUACACCUCUGGCAGUUCCUAAAGGAGCUAUUAGCGUCACCUCAUGUUCAUGGUUCAGCGAUACGGUGGUUAGAUAGAAGUAACGGUGUUUUCAAGAUUGAGGAUUCGGUGCGUGUUGCUCGACUGUGGGGCAAGAGAAAGAAUAGGCCCGCGAUGAACUACGACAAGCUUUCGAGGAGUAUCAGACAAUACUACAAGAAAGGCAUCAUGAAGAAAACUGAGAGGAGUCAGAGGCUUGUCUACCAAUUCUGUCACCCGUACUGCUUAUAAUUGUGCAGUACCAAAACGUAGAUGUUUAGUUAUGUAAAUAAUUUAUUGUAAAUACGCCGCGGUAAUGCGGUCGUCGCGACGACUGUAUCAGUUUGAUGCGCCACCUCAAACUGAUUGCAGUCCGAGUAUGUUUCAUAGCCGAAUUUUCGAGCGUCUACUAUUCGGACCUUGUUUUAUUAGGCUCUAAAUCCCUCCAUAUAAUUCGGGAAAGGUAAUUUUCUCUAGAAUUCUAUUGGACGGGAUCGCUCGCUAUUUAGUUUCGUAAGGUUUUUUUUACCAGCGACUAGGCGCAAACGAUGCGUUCGAAAUUUUCUUUUUGUGAAAAAGCAAUCGUUUCCGUCGAAAGCUGGUAAUGUUUAUCCCAUAUAUCUAUGAUAUAUUUCUAGUACGUUCUAUGAACUUUUAGUUGUUUAAGUGUUUUGUAAAUAAAAUGAAUAUAAAAUUCAUCAUUUAAAAAUAUCAUAAUUUAAUAAUAAAUAAAGUCACGUGUUGUGUACUAAUAGUGAUGUGAAAAGAGAUUAUUCUCAUGAUAUUUUAUCGUUAAAGAUUCUUGUAAUCAUUUAAUUAAUAUUGAAUUAGAUUAAUAAAACCUUUGACGAGUUACGUCAAACAGAAUUGUAUAUUAAUAUAAGAAAUCGCUAGAGGCGGUUGUUUAAAAUUUGAAUUGGGUCCUUCAAAAUAGAAAUUUUGUGCCAAAUAGACAUGGUAUAUAGCUUUAUUGGGGGCAAAAUUGAUAAAAUUGUGAUUGUAUAGUACCCGCCGAAUGUACAUAUUAUUAUAUGUUAUUAAGGUACCGGUGACGGGUUAGAGAUUAUCGUAAAAGAUUUUUGUUUGUAUUUUAAUACGCAGUUAGCGUUCUAGUUUGAAGCAAUAACAACUAUUACUGGACCAAACUAA